AUGAUGACCAGGAUUGCUGUUGGGGCAUGUUUCACCGUCUCUGAAAUUUACAAGAAGCUGUAUGCUUUCUUCUGGAUGUUUGUGGCGGCGGAGGCGUGGUUCAGCGAGGGUCGCACUAAUCUGAUUCAGCACCAUAUUGAGACCAAGCCGGGCGUGGUGACUGACGCAUCGGACUGGGGGCUGGGCGCAGUCCUGUCCCAGGGGGUGGAGGGGGUGGACAGGCCGGUGCUCAGCCCCCAGUUUUGUUCCAACCGCUUAAAUGCUAAAGAUACUUGCGCUGUAAAACCUAUUAAGACUGUGUCUGUUCCCCGAAUAGUGAGGUCAAAAUAUAAAUAUAAAUAUAAUGUAGGAUCUAGAAAAAAUAUUAUCGUAAUUAAACCAGAAAAAUUUAAAGUAAAUGAACAAAAACAAUUUUUAAAGUUUGGGCUCAUAAAUAUUAGAUCACUCGCACCAAAAGCAGUUAUUGUAAAUGAAAUGAUCACAGAUAAUAGUUUUGAUUUACUCUGCUUGACUGAAACCUGGCUAAAACCAAAUGAUUAUUUUGGUCUAAAUGAGUCUACUCCACCAAACUACUGUUAUAAGCAUGAGCCCCGUCAGACUGGUCGUGGCGGGGGUGUUGCAACAAUAUAUAGUGAUAUUCUCAAUGUUACCCAGAAAACAGGAUACAGGUUUAACUCUUUUGAAAUACUUCUGCUAAAUGUUACUCUGUCAGACAUGCAAAAGAAAUCUAAUGUAUCUCUUGCUCUGGCUACUGUGUAUAGACCACCAGGGCCGUAUACAGAAUUCCUAAAAGAAUUUGCAGAUUUCCUCUCAGACCUUCUAGUUACAGUUGAUAAGGCGCUAAUCAUGGGAGAUUUUAAUAUUCACGUUGAUAAUGCAAAUGAUACAUUAGGACUUGCGUUUACUGACCUAAUAAACUCCUUUGGAGUCAAGCAAAAUGUCACCGGGCCCACUCAUCGUUUUAAUCAUACACUAGAUUUAAUUAUAUCGCAUGGAAUCGAUCUUACUGCUAUAGAUAUUGUACCUCAAAGUGAUGAUAUUACAGACCAUUUCCUUGUAUCGUGCAUGCUGCGUAUAACUGAUCAAUCAAUCAAUCACCUUUAUUUAUAUAGUGCUUUAAACAAAAUACAUUGCGUCAAAGCACUGAACAACAUUCAUUUGGAAAACAGUGUCUAAAUAAUGCAAAAUGAU